GGACGGGAUGCUAGGGUUUUUGGUGGCGCGACAAGCGGGUUUGGACGACCCUCUUCGCCUCCGCAGAGCGGAAGCCACACGAAGGAACUUGUGAAGAUUUCACUUGGAGAGUGGACGACAGUUGCAUAUAUAUGUUUGAUGCUUAGGAGAACUUUAGAUACCUUUAAUGCACGAUGAUAUGUGAAGUGAGGAGGACAUAUGUUCACCCAGACACUAUUUGUGGAGUAAGAAGAGAGAAGCAGUUCAAUGAGUUUUGGGACUGGAGUUAAACAAAGACAGAGAUGUUGAAAGGAUCCAUGGCAGUGGAGUUAACACCCUUGACAUUGAACCUGUUGAAGGGAGAUACAUGUUAUCAGGUGGUUCAGAUGGUGUGAUUGUGCUUUAUGAUCUUGAGAACUCCAGCAGACAACCUUAUUACACAUGUAAAGCAGUGUGUUCCGUUGGCAGAAGCCAUCCUGAUGUUCACAAAUAUAGUGUGGAGACUGUACAGUGGUAUCCUCAUGACACUGGCAUGUUCACAUCAAGCUCAUUUGAUAAAACUCUGAAAGUAUGGGAUACAAAUACAUUACAAACUGCAGAUGUAUUUAAUUUUGAAGAAACAGUUUAUAGUCAUCACAUGUCUCCAGUUGCCACCAAGCACUGUUUGGUAGCAGUUGGUACUAGAGGGCCCAAAGUACAUCUUUGUGACUUAAAGUCUGGAUCCUGUUCCCACAUUCUACAGGGUCACAGACAAGAAAUACUGGCAGUUUCCUGGUCACCACGUUAUGAAUAUAUCUUGGCAACUGCAAGUGCUGACAGUAAAGCAAAACUAUGGGAUGUGAGGAGAGCAUCAGGAUGUUUGAUUACUCUUGAUCAGCAUAAUGGGAAAAAGUCACAAGCAGUUGAAUCAGCAAACACUGCUCAUAAUGGGAAAGUUAAUGGCUUAUGUUUUACAAGUGAUGGGCUUCACCUCCUCACUGUUGGUACAGAUAAUCGAAUGAGGCUCUGGAAUAGUUCCAAUGGAGAAAACACACUAGUGAAUUAUGGAAAAGUAUAUAAUGACAGUAGAAAAGGAUUGAAAUUCACUGUCUCCUGUGGCUGCAGUUCAGAAUUUGUUUUUGUACCAUAUGGUAGCACCAUUGCUGUUUAUACAAUUUACUCAGGAGAACAGAUAACUAUGCUUAAGGGACAUUAUAAAAGUGUUGACUGCUGUGUAUUUCAGUCUAAUUUCCAGGAACUUUAUAGUGGUAGCAGAGACUGCAAUAUACUUGCUUGGGUACCAUCUUUAUAUGAAUCAGUUCCUGAUGAUGAGGAGACUUCAACCAGAUCACAGUUAAAUCCAGCAUUUGAAGAUGCCUGGAGCAGCAGUGAUGAGGAAGGAUGAAUAUCAUUCUUAGUACCUUUAUGUCUCUAUUGAUGAAACUUUUAAAACAGGACUGUUUUAUUUUUUUAAUUGUCCAAUGAUAGCUAAAUUAGCACUGAAUUUGGGUGAUUUUUUUUUUCCUUUUGUUUUUAUUAAUAUUUGCAUGAAAUUCUGAAACAGAGUUCCAUAUACAGUGGUUUAUUUAAUCAGAACAUGUCUCCUUGAUCCCAGUUGCUGUUGCCUGCCGCAGCCCCCACAGCUGUUGUGCAAGGAGACAGGUCAUGGUAUCCCCUUUGUGGGAACUUGAGCAGAUUCUGUGAACGAUAAGAUGCAAUAUUAGAGGAUGAGCAAGUAGCGGUUAUCAGCACUGACUUUCUCCUGCGGGUUCUGCCGUCACCUUGCUCAUUUUCACUUAAAAGGAUGAUUUUACCGAGGUUUAUGUCAAAAAUUAUACUUGAAAAGUUAGCAUCAAAAUUUGUUUAUUCUUAUUUAUAUAUUCAGUUUCUGCAGUGAUUUCAUUUAUUUAACCAUUGUCUAGCUUUAUGUUAAAUUUUUUUUUAACUUAUUGCCUUCCACAAUCUAAAGAUUUUUAACUUAGGGAAAAUCCCAUGUUUCCUUUAUUUUAAUGCAUCAGAUGGCAGCUUGAACUACUUUUCUAUGAAUCUAGUUAAAGUGUGACCAAGUCCUACUUCAUUUAUCAAAGCAGAAAGUAUCCUGGCAGGGAAUCUGGCUUAAACAUGAAAUGUCAUAAAAUUUCUAUUUUAUUUGCUACUCUUCUUAUGUCGUAACCCACAAGUGAUUUUCACGAACCUAAUCUUAUAUAUUCCCUUUCUUUCUGAUUCUUAUCAAUAGGAGACUAAAGAGGUUUUUUUGAGCUUGAAUAAUAAAUAUACAGUUGUUGAGUUUUCAGGGGUGUGUUAGGCCUCAUAUCAGACCUUUCUGGACAAAUGUUUUCCAUAUGUUUACUUUAUAGUUCAUCUUCUUAAGCCCAGACCAUUUUACUCUCACUUUUUCUCCCCAUGGUGAGGAUUCUUAUAAUCUUUGAGAAUGCUAUUGAAAUUGGAAUUUUUUUUAAUUUUAAGAAAAAAGUCUUUCUCCAAACUGCAAGUACGUAUAGGUAACUGGCCACAUUUCAAAAGGUCCCUCUGCUGGGGAUGAGGAAUGACUACCCUCCUAGUGCCAUGGGACGAUUCUAAUCCGCUGCCUGGGCAGCGGUGACAGGCAGUGAGGCCACAUUAGUACCCAGUGCCUGCGAUGUUAUAUGCUCCUGUAGGCAUCCAUAAACCAUUUCCCUUUUCCCCUCUGAGUUGUUUUGGGUCAAAUUUCAGCCUGUUCCUCCUGAACACUCACUUAUGUGCUGUGGGCCAUUUGUGGGCUUGGUGUGAGAUCUCUCUUCUCAGGAGAUCAUGGCUCCCCACAAAUAUAGUUUAGGUCACAAGCAUCUCUGCUGGGUCUGCUUGCUGCUGUCACUAGCAACUCAUUCCCCACACUAGUAGGGUAUAAGGGGUCCCAUCCCUGGAGACCAGUGGCUCAAUAUCUAACGAAAAAGGGGAGGAAGGGAAAGGAUCACCUGGUUCCAGCAUGCCCCCUGCCCCAACCUGAAGAGUUGAUCCAGUUAAUUUUAAAAAUGCGAAGCACUUGAUCCAUGCACAUGGGCUCUCAUAAGAGCUGCUGCUUAUCAGCAUGCAGAUGGUCUCAUCCUCAAAGCAAAAAACAUAAAAGAUAAAGCUGAUGCCACCAUUGCUUUCCUAGAUGUAGACCCUAGCCCCUCUAAGGUUGAUUAGGACACCCUAGAGAAGGGGAGUGCUGCUCACAGAGAGGCCCCUAGGGACCAACGGGAGCUUAUCAGGUAAACACCCAAAAGAAAAAGAAGAGGAAAAGUUUCAGUCAUCUAGAGAUACAAGCCAUUCUGUACGUUUUAGAAAAGGUGGCAGUGUGAGGAAGGGACUGCUUAUUCCAAGGACAGGGGCAAUCCCAGGGAUAAGUUGCCUAGAAGCACCUGGCCCCUUUAGCCUCCCUCUUUUCCUCUUAUUAGCCAGAAGAAGAAAGUGAAGACUGCACCUUUAGAGUACAAAAGCCUGAAACAGGAAGAGAGCGGAAAAACUGACUGCCACUUUAGGUGACUACAAGCCCAAGGGGAAAAAAACAGGAACUUUAAAUCUUAGGUGCUAAGGCACCUAAGCACCUAAGGCCAGUCUAGCAAAGAUAACGCUAAUUCUAUAUUACUUACUUAUUUAAAAGCAAAAAACAGGGAGAAAAUAAAAGGUAAUUGAAUAAUAUAUACAUAAAUAUAAUAUUAAAACAAAGUUUUGUAAUUUGAUCCAAUUGGAAAUCCAAAAUUUAUAUACUAAAUGAAUAUACUAAAGAAUUUAUGCAACAAAAAGAUUAAAAUGGCACCUUGUGGUGGAUUAUUACGACGUUAAUGAUGUGGUCCCAUCCACUGGGCCCCGUACUCAAUAUCCAGUAUUCUUUCUUUUAAAUUUUAUUGAAGUAUAAUUGAUUUACAAUGUUGUGUUAACUUCUGCUAUACAGCAAAAUGACUCAGUUAUACAUAUAUAUUUUUCUUCAUAUUCUUUUUCAUUAUGGUUUAUCACAGGAUAUUGAAUAUAGUUCUCUGUGCUAUACAGUAGGAGCUAUAUUUUAUCCAUCCUAUAUAUAAUAGUAUGCAUCUGCUAAUCCCAAACUCCCAGUACUUCCCUCCCCCACCCCCCUGGCAACCACAAGUCUUUUCUCUAUGUCUGUGAGUCUCUUUCUGUUUUGUAGAUAUGUUCAUUUGUGUCUUAUUUUAGAUUCCACGUGUAAGUGAUAUCAUAUGGUAUUUGCCUGUCUCUUUCUGACUUACUUCGCUUAGUAUGAUAAUCUCUGGGUCCAUCCAUAGUGCUGCAAAUGGCAUUAUUUCAUUCUUUUUAAUGGCUGAGUAAUAUUCCAUUGUGUGUGCGUGCAUGUGUGUGUGUGUUUGUGUGUGUGUAUCUCCCACAUCUUCUUUAUCCAUUCAUCUCUCAGUGGACAUUUAGGUUGUUACCAUGUCUUGGCUAUUGUAAGUAGUGCUGCUGUGAACAUAGGAGUGCAUAUAUAUUUUUGAAUUAUAGUUUUGUCUGGGUAUGUGCCCAGGAGUGGAAAUGCAGGAUCAUGUGGCAACUCUAUUUUUAUUUUUUUGAGGAACGUCCAUACUGUUUUCCAUAGUGGCUGCACCAGUUUACAUUCCUACCAGCAGUGUAAGAGGGUUCCUUUUUCUCCACACCCUCUCCAGCACUUAUUAUUAUAUUUGUAGACUUUUUAAUGAUGGUCAUUCUGACCGAUGUGAGUUGGUACCUCAUUGUAGUUUUGAAUAUCCAAUAUUAUUGAAGUUACUGAUUCUAUUCAGUCAACAGUCGGUAAAUAUUUUGCCCCUGUACAUUUGGCUUACGUGUUCUGUUCAGUGCCUAUUUCACCAGCCUCUAGCGGCUGUUUACCUUCACUUCAAAGAGACACAAUACACCUUUUCCAGACUGUCUACCAGGUACCUCAGCAGCUUUGCCAUCACACACAAUCUUGGCAGACAAGAUCUCAACUGCAUCCACCUUUUUCCAGGAGCACAGAUGUGAUGUUACAUUGAUGACGUCCACCUCCAAGGAGACUCAUUUGAUACACAUUUAAGGUAUACAGGUCCAACAUCUUUUAGUACUUUUGGGGUUCUGAUGGCAACGUAGUCUUUAUUUAUAAAUUUUACUUACAAAUUAAAAUCAACAGGUACUCCUAUUAGUGCCCUGAAGGACUCUUUCACCAAGGAAAUUUUGGCAACCUCUUGUCAUACUUUUGGGAAUCUCUAGACCCCUUAGGGUGGGCAUAAGUUGCUCGAGAGCUUCUCAUGCCAGAAACUGCCCCUCUUAGCCUCAUACUGUGCUCCAUUAAAACAACAAAUAAAAUACAUGCUGAGCUCUCUGGAAAAUAGAGGCUCUCACAGACCCUAAGCCUGUGACCUUCCAUACCCAGCUGCUUGUUAAGCCUUGGAUCAUAGAAACAAUACACCGAAACUCGCUGCAGCUACCAAGGCCUCUUUAGACAGGAUGGAGACGAACCUGAGCUCUCUGGCAUAUUCCACCUGCAGGAGGAGGUGGCUUCCCCUGUCCCAGUCCCUUGCUAGAUGCCGUGGUGCUGGAGGAUGUCACCCCUCCCUCAGACCACUUGGCCACUCAGAAUCCACUUGAGAUUAACUGAAUGAACAGCAAUGGGAGUACAUCGACUAUGCAGAUGGCACUGCUAACCAUCAUGCAUGAUGGGGCUCAGUGGAAUGUUGCUGCUUUCCACCUCUUGGCCAGGAUGUCCCUAAUAAAGGAUGGGACCCAGGAAACAACACACUCGGCCACACUGCUGGAUGCCCUGGCCAACAAGUAGCCUCGCUUUACAUUUAUUGUUAACUGUUGAGUCAUUGCCUAAAAUUGUCCCUUUAAGGGAGGAAAAAAACUAACUAAACUGGGACUCUCUUGCCUGACAGAUGUCCAAAUUAUAAAUCAAAACUGCACAUCUCCAUAUAUAUUAAGGCCACAAUACAAGGUCUCACCAGUGCACUCCAUACCAUUUUCAGAGUUACAGGCAUAAUUGGUAACAACCAACAUAUACAUUUUAUUUCUCAAAAUUCAUAAUGCUAAUCUCUCGGAAAAGGUAUUCAAUAGAACUUUCACGUCUCUUGUAGGUAUCAAAUAACCAGUUUAAAUAAGAGAGAUAAUGGUCUCACACAGCUCCUUUUCAAAUUCCAAUCAGGUAAAUGGACCCCUAAAUGGGUCUCUGUCUUGCUCGAGGCCUUAAUCUCUCUUAAUUCAAGGCCCCUUGGCCAAUUUACACCUCACACCAACUUUUAAAACUUUCCCAGCCCCCUUAUAUUUAAAGGGGAUGUGUGUUGCCUCCAUGUAUACAAAGGCUCAUUAUAUAUGAGGCGCUUUUUAUAAUGUCUUCCCAUAUCUUUAUAAAUUUUUUAUCAUUUCCCCCAGUCCCAAAAGGGCUUGAGGCCAGAUCCAGGAGCCCAUUAACCAAAUUGUCCAUGUACCAGACAGCUGUUCACCUGAUAGGGGACCCAUCAGAGCCUAAACUUCCACCAAAAACAAAAACCCAUCUGUGCAGCUGCACCCCUUCUUGUUGGUCUUAUUGCUUCUGGCCUGUGUGCUUUCGUUAAUUUACAGUCUAAAGGCUCAAACCCUCUAAAUAAGCCAUUGUUUCAACCAAACAUGGCAAAUGUGAGACCCACAUCACCUGGAGUGGAUACCCAACUCCCACAUCCCAGAGGACAUCUCCUAGUCCAGGACCUCACCGUUGGAGAUGACUUCACCCUGACACUAAAACCUCAGCUCCCGCAACAUACGUGGGUUGCCUCUCCUAUGGCGCAAAUUGGACACAGGACAUUUUUGCUUUUCUUCCUUCAAUGUUAGAGACAUUUCUGAGCUUACUAUCUGCAUAGCCCAUGAUAUCCUACUCCUUGUUCUCUGCCAAAAGGCACACGCCGCACUCCUGGGCCUAAAGAGAAAUCUAGUAGAGGUUACUGCUAUCUGUGUUCUAAAUAUUGGUGGAGAUUAUUGCUUCCUCUGGAGGCAUUUGCCUCAUAUUAGUCAAAUUCUUCAACCCUCUGGGGUUCACAGUACUCCAUCUUACCACCAUUUUUUUUUUCAGCCGGUCCCCUGUUUAGGGCCACAUGUACAGUGGUACAGAUUGUGAACUGCAGUAUAUCUUCCUUAGGUAAUGUAUUUGGGUGAUACACUUUAGUUAUUGAACAUCAUCUUUUCCUCUGGCAGUAAUUCUGCUGGGUAGGAUUCUUGGGUUGUAGUCCUUUUCUUUCAUUAAUCUGUAACUAUUAUGUCCACUUUCUUCUAGCUUUUAUUAUUGAAGACUAGGAUUCUAAAACUAGUUUGAUUUUUUCCCCCUUUGUAGGGAACUCGUUCUUCAUAGCGAAAAGCUUGUCAACUGCGAGGGUUUUUGUUUUUUUUCUUUUUAUCCUUAGAGUUCCUUAAUUUUAUCAGAUAACUGAUGUCUACCCCUCCCCCCUCACUUCCUUGACCUCUUGUAAGCUCUUCCAAUCUGAAGCCUCAAGCGUUCUCUCAGCUCAGGAAUAUUUUCUUCUAAUAUUUGUUUAAUUGUUGCUUUUCCUCUUUUUUUUUUUUCUUCACUGCAUGACCUAAUAAUUCAUGUAAAGUCUAUUUUACUUUCUUCUUCAUAAUCUUAUCUUUCCUUCCUGCUCACCUUUUUUUUUUAAAUCCUAGAGCAGUUCCUGCCACUUAGUAGGUGCUCAGUAAAAACUUUUGUUGUUUCUGUACUAUACUUUGAGAUUUUGCACUUGACCUGUGAGGUUACUAAUUCAGGCCUGACUCUGAUCAUCAGGAAAGACUUUAAUUAUUGUUUUACUCUCCUCCUCACCCUAAACCUUUGUAUUGUUGUGUGUGGUUUUUGUUUUUUGUUUUUUGUUUUGAACAUUUGCAGAAAUAGGAGCGCUCUAUAGAGGCUUCCACUUAAAAACUUUUUUUUAAUUGUUUCAUUCAAUUGAUUUUUGUCCACUCUUAUUGACAGUAUAUAUCAAUGAACCUGUUACAAAGUAGUAAUCACCUGUAGUUUCUCUCCAUUGCCCUUAACAUUUUAUAGAUUUUCCUUCUAUGGUCUUGGCUGACAGUGUGCGUCUUUUAGUCUUAUACAGGGCUUGUAUGCUUCCAUAUUUCAAAGGACACAUAUGCCACGCCUCAAAUUUAUCCCAGUUUUGAAUUCAUUUAUGGUAUACCUAUGAAAUGCCUAGUUUUUAAAAAUAUAUAGAAAUAAUAAAUGCUUUAUGUUUUAUUGACAUAGCCUUAAAUAUAUGUUUAACAGGAAGCCCCACAACAGCAUCAUAGAUAAGCUUUUUAUAUUUCCUACCAGUUCUUUUCUUUACAAUUAAUUAAGGAAAUAUCUUAAUAGAGAAAAAGUCUUCAACUGAAGCAUUCUUUCUCUUCAGUUUAUAGUAAAAAGCCCCAUUUAAACUAGAUAAAAACCUUUAAAGAAAGCUCUGGAGACAAACCCUUAAACUGUAAAAGUUGUAUUAACAGAUAAAAAUAACCUCAAAAUGAAGACUUUUCAGUAAAGGACACAAAGGUAUAGAGAGCCUGCUAUUGAUGAGACACUAGAAAACAAAAACCUUUAGCUCUUUUAUUUAAAGUCUCAAUGAGACAAUAAUAGAAACAGUUUAUCUCUGCCAACUAAUCUCAGUUAUCUUUCAAAGGAAAGUCACUAUCUCACAAAUUAGAUAUUAAACCUAAUGGUUGCAUGGUUCCAACUUACAUUUCAUUACUGUUCUCCAUAUACUAAUACUUGGUUGUUUCCAUAAAAAUGAUUAACUACAGAAGAUUAGAAAAGACAUUUCUGUAAGUUAUAAUUUUUAUAAACAAACACAUUGAAGAAUUUCCUUUUUUUAACGUAAUUUUUCCUCUAUAUUCAAAUCCUAUUUACUGAGCCUGAACUUUAAAACUCUUGAGUAUCAUUAGAACAGUAGACUUAAAAUCAAUCAAACCAUGUCAGAAAUGAAAUUGGCAAAAAGGCUGGCAUGCUUGAGAUUUUUCCUUUCAAAAAGUAUAGCAGGGAAAGCUAAUUACAGAAAGGAAAAUAACCACUGUGCUUUGUAUUGUGAUGAAGGUUCUAGAUAUCUGAAGGUUAAAUCUAUUGCUAGGAUAGAGUUGUUUCUUCUGUUUUAGCUCUGAAAAAAGUAUUAAAUUUAGGGGAUAUACCUAACAAAGCUCAGUCAUGAAUAUGGCUUUUCUUUGCAAAAUAUAUGUGCAGUCCUUCUGUGCUGCCUCGAUCACUGUACUAAACCGUGGUACCUAGAAUUUAUUACGGGUCAUUUCUAGUAAGGCAAGCUUGUCUGUCUUACUAGAAUAUCAGCAACAUCCUCAAAUACGGGAGGCAUAGUUCUUUUGUUGCCAUCUAGUUCUUUAUUUUCUGCCUUUAAAAUUGGACAAUUAAAAAAUAGAAAGAAAAAAAAAAACUAAGGGAAAUAAUAAGACAGACAACCCUAUUGUGACCUGCCUAAUUCUCUCUGUGUACACAGGAAUCUGCAAAUGCCCUUUAUCCUCCUGACAAAGGAUACUCAUAAACUUUUUGCUAGUAGGUUGACACAGUUCUCCCAGUCUGUGCUCUCUCUUGGCUUGGAACUAAAUAAAUAUCACAAUCUUAACUUGGUUUGUUAUUUUAUCACUAAAAACACAAGUCAGUGUUUAAUACCAAAUCCUCAAGCUUCUCAUGUUUUUUUUAUGCCUUGACGGUCGUUAUUGUAUAGGAUCUGUAGCCUUGGGCCUAGCCAGUGGCUUUGCUUCCUAGGCAUUGGUGGUCAGCUCUUGAAGGUGAAAAAUGAUUGUCUGAGUGUGGCACAAGCGUAAUUGGCACAAGCCACUUCUCUUUUGUUCAUCUCAUCGUUAUAGCAAGAGUCAGCACCAGCACUAAGCUAGGGCCUGCUACUUCCUGUUCAGACACCAGCAGGAACGGGAGAUCUGCUUCUUCCCAGGGGGCUCACACUCCACUCUGCAGCCGCUCUUCACCUGCACAGUAGCAUUAUCCACUGCCUUGUGACUGUGUCAUCUGUGUAAAUGUACUGUUAAUGUUGUGCUAAAAUGAGGAAAUAGGACUCCUAACAGGUCUUUAAGAAAUGGUCUAUUAACUAUUUUUAUUGUACUGUUUUAAUGUUUUAUGUAUAUAUAUUAUGUACAAAAAAAAUUUGAGUUUCAGUAAAUACUGUGGAAAAAAUGUAUUAAAAAUAACUCAGUGAUGAUCACUGUGAAGAUUAAAGAAUGGAAAGUUUAUUUUAAAAUGUACUAGUUUAAUAAAGAAAUAAAUAAUAAAUAAUAGACUGGAAAUCAGAAGACCUGAGCCUUCAUCUUAGUUUUACUACCAAGUAAACAUGUGAAAUUUGAAUACUAUUUUUGUUUUUACUUUCUUUUUUCCAUUAGUUAAAAAAAGAAGGAAAGGACAGAAAACUGGAGCAGAAAAUUGUUAAAUUCAUUCCUACUCCAAAAUCACACACUGUAAUAUUUAGAAAACAUUUUAAAAUGGUAUUCACUGUGUGAAAUACAUAAUUAAGUAGAGGUUUAUAUUUGAGAUUAACUGAAGUUUAUUGAAGGCAAAGGUGGAGUGUCUUUAUAAAAGGCUCAUGAAUUAUACUGAAUAAACACUCAAAUUUUAGUGGCAUGAACAUGCUGUUUUGCCUAAACUGAAAUUUGUAAAGUUCCCAUCCAAAUUAUUAUGGAACCACCACUUGAUUUAGCAAGUUAGCCUCCCUGAGCUAGUUUCAUUUGUGGAAAGGGAACAAAAUAUACCUUACAGAGAUGUAAAGAUAAAUGAAAUAAAGUUCUUAUAUAUAACAUUGUUCAAGGACUUCCUAGGUGGUGCAGUGGUUAAGAGUUCGCCUGCCAGUGCAGGGAAGAGGGGUUCAAUCCCUGCUCCAGGAAGAUCGCACAUGUCACGGAGCAACUAAGCCUGUGUGCCACAACAGUUGAGCCCAUGUGCCACAAUGGUUGAGCCUGUGUGCCACAACUACUGAAGCCCACGUGCCUAGAGCCCAUGCUCCACAACAAGAGAAGCCACCACAAUGAGGAGCCCAUGCACCACAAUGAAGAGAAAGCCCAUGUACAGCAAUGAAGACCCAAUGCAGCCAAUAAAUAAAGUUAUAUAAAAAUAAUGUUCAGCUAAUAGAAGUCCUGUUACUUAAAAUCUCAUGAUUAUUGGGUUCUAAGCUCUUGUCAAAUUCUCUCAAAUUUUACCUUCUGAGGACAUGGUCUGCUUAUUUAUUUUAUCCUUCUCUCCCUUCUAGAAUGUAUAUUCUACGAGGGCAGAAAUUUUGUCUGUCCUAGUUAUUGCUGUAUCCUCAGUACUUAGACCACUGCUUGGCAAAUAGAAGAUGCUAUAUAUAUGUAUAUAUAUAAAAUUUAUUAGUGAACACCACCAUUACCAAGCACAUAAGUGCCAAACAACAAUUUCACUCAUAAUUUACAAAUGAUAAAAUGCUUAAUUGAUUAUAAUGUUUUUAAAAUUUACUAUGUAUGAAAUUUUGUUAUUAAAUAUUAGUUAACAA